GACAUUCGGACGCAAGUCUCAUCGCGAGAGGCGACAUUAACUCGUCUCUCCGUGUAUUCUAACGAAUCAUAAAUUUCGCAAACUCGGAGAUAUUGUUCCAAUGAUGUUUAAUUGAAAAAAUAUAUGCGAUUAAGUGUGGCGGAGAGAAAGAGAGAGAGAGAGAGAGAGAGACAAUCACCAACCAGUCGCAAAUCGGUGGAUUUACGUAUGCGGCAUCACCUUGUAAUCGCCAAUUUAUCUGAAAGCGCAGAGUGUCGUGAAUUCAUUACCAUUCCAUCGCAUCGUGGUGUGAGAAGUACAGUCCAGCUAGGUGGUCCCGGUGUUGCAGUUGGACGUAUCAAGAAAUUGGAUCGCUCCAAAAAGAUCGACUAAUCAUAAUCAGAUACCAUCUGGCAUCAUGCGGUUUGGAUCGCUUAUGUUUUUGACCAUCGUCGUUUCAUUUGUCUCGGCUUCAAAAACGAUUGACCUGUCAUUCCGUAAAUUAAAAAAAGAAGAUUUCUUUGUGAAAAUACAAUCGCAAUUGAACCUGCGAGAGAUGACAGAUCUCAUUUUGAGGGGAAAUGAAUUUGACAGUUUUCUGGACUGCUCCACUUAUUUGGGAAACAUUAUAACAUUGGACUUGUCUCAGAAUCAUCUCCAACGAUUCUUUUUCUUGUGCAAAGAGGAAUAUAAUUUGCAAAUGUUAAAUGUAAGCCACAAUAAAUUAGAAUACAUCGAUGACACUGCUCUUAAUGAUCGGAUACCAAAGUUAAAGAUAUUAGAUCUUUCAUUCAACAAACUCACUGUCGUCAAUGAAACCAUGCUGCAAUAUCUAACGAUCCUCGAAUAUCUAUCUUUAUCCCAUAAUCCUAUAGGAGAUGGGAUACAUAAAAGCGCAUUUGGGACCUUAAGAGAAUUAAAGCAUCUCGAUCUGAAGAAUAUAUCCGCACCAUACUUCUCGUCCGACUUCUUCAAGAACUUGACGCAUCUAUCAACUCUCGAUCUAUCCUGGAACCCAAUUAGCGAGAUACCUCUAUUGCCGAUGAAUUUGCAGGAACUAGACUUAUCCGGCACGGAAAUAAUAAGUUUCCCAAAUUUGUAUCUACCACAGCUACGAGAGCUAAAGCUGAACCACAUGCCGAACUUGACGUCAUUGGCUCUGAAUGAUUUCGUAGAACUCCCUAGUCUGGAGAUAUUAUCAAUGAAUGGUUGCAGACGAUUGAUUAAGCUUAGCCUUUUGCCGGAGCUCCGAGUUGUACUACCUCGAUUGCAACGAUUCUCGAUAAAAGACUGUGGCCUUGAAAGCCUGGAUAUUGAAUUUCGUGCAUUGGUGCAACGAACACCAGUCAUUGAACUGGAAAACAAUCCCUGGAGGUGCGACUGCAAAUUGGAAUGGAUCAGUUUGUUAAAUUUGAACAAAAAUCUCAGUGGAGAUAUCAGAUGCUAUGCACCGGAUCAACAUCAUGACAAGCUGCUCGCUGAAAUACCAAACUACGAGCUGCAAUGCGAGUACGAAUCUUCAAUUCUUUAUCCAAUCUUGUGGACAUGCCUCUCGCUGCUUGUUUCCCUAAUCAUCGUCGUGAUUUUAUUUUUCCUCAAACGACCGAUAAAUCAAUGGGUCUUUAAGAAAAGAAAUGCGAAUACUGUCUCGUACAAGAACGUCGUCGAAUCGAACAAUGAUCUGAUCCGAAUACUGGCGGUAUCUGAAACGCACGAAAACAAUGAACAGUAAAGCUAAAUUACGAUAAGAAAAAAGAAAAAAUACACAAGAGUAUACGAACAAUCAUUGGACUUAAGCAUAGAUAUUUAACUGAAUUUUUUGGAAAAAUUUUGUCGCAAUAUUUAAAUAAUAUAAUGUAAUAUAAUGAUAUACAACGCAAAAUGUCAGGAGAUGACAUUGAUGUAUAUAAAACAAUCUAAAAAUUACUAUUUGUAAGAUAUUAAAUUUUUUGCGUCCAAUGAUAAGAUUAUUUCCAGAAUUAUGUCUUUAGAUAACAAAUUAUUACAUAAUCAAAUAGAUACUGUAGUAAACAUCGAGGAAAGUCACUCAUGCGACGCUCUGUAAAUUCGAAAGACCAAGUGUUGCAGAUUCGAGUAGGACGUUCCCAGUGUUCGAUAAUAAAACUCUUGCGGUCGAAUAAAACGUCUGCAUUAUUUUUUUUCUGUUGGUAAGAAUCGGCGUGUUUUAAAAACCCCUUUACCUUUGUUCCACGCGGCGCGUCCGUUGCCUGGCACAAAAGAAAAGCGGAUACAAAGAACGCAAUGGCUCAUUUGCCCUGAAUGACGGCAAGAUCCUCUUCCGCGUAACGACGCGGCAACGCGUAGCUCAACGCACGAAUUAUCGUGCGUGGCAUCUUGAGAACGCAUAACUAAUUGAAGCUCUACGAGAUUCCGCCGCAAAGAGUUUAGUCUCCGGUUGAACCUCUUUCGAAUGAUGGAGCGAAAGGAGCUCUCGAUGCAGUCUUUAGAAUCGAAAUCAACCCCUAUGCUUUAUUCUAAGACACUGUCUAUAUUUUAGAAUAGAAUAAAAGAUACUUUUGCUUUGAA